UGGUGCCCAGAAGAAUGUUGGCUCUGCUGGGGUCACCGUGGAGAUUGUCCAUGAUGACCUGCUGGGAUUUGCCCUCUGAGAGUGCCCCUCGGUCCUGGAAUACAAGGUGCAGGCUGGAAACAGCUCCUUGUACAACAUGCCUCCAUGUUUCAGCAUCUACGUCAUGGGCUUGGUCCUGAAGUGGAUUAAAAACAAUGGAGGUGUCACGGCCAUGGAGAAGCUUAGCUCCAUCAAAUCUCAAAUGAUUUAUGAGAUUAUUGAUAAUUCUCAAGGAUUCUACAUAUGUCCAGUGGGGCCCCAAAAUAGAAGUAAGAUGAAUAUUCCAUUCUGCAUUGGCAAUGCCAAAGGAGAUGAUGCUUUAGAAAAAAGAUUUCUUGAUAAAGCUCUUGAACUCAAUAUGUUGUCCUUGAAAGGGCAUAAGUCUAUGGGAGGCAUCCGGGCCUCUCUGUAUAACGCUGUCACGAUUGAAGAUGUUCAGAAGCUAGCCGCCUUCGUGAAAAAUUUUUUGGAGAUGCUUCAGCUACGAACACAUCCUAACCAGGAUAUACUCUGUUCUUGAACAACAUACAAAGUUUAAAGUAACUUGGGGAUGGCUGGAAAAAG